AUGAGUAAAACAACAGGACCAGAUACCAAACAAAUACAAUAUGAUCGUCAACUUCGUCUUUGGGGUGAUCAUGGACAAAAAUCUUUAGAAGUCGGACGUGUUUGUUUAAUUGGUGCUAAUGCAUUAGGUACUGAAAUUCUUAAAGCUCUUGUUUUACCUGGUCUUGGUUCAUUUACAAUAAUUGAUCAUCAAUUAGUAACAUUAGCUGAUUGUGGUUCAAAUUUUUUUGUUCAUCCAUCAAUGAUUGAUCAAUCACGUGCUCGGGUUACUUGUGACUUAUUAAAACAACUUAAUCCAGAUGUUCAUGGUACAUUUGUUGAUAAACCAUCAAUUGAUGAUUUACUUAAACAAAAUACAUUUGAUUUUGCUCAAUUUAGUGUUGUUAUUACUGCUAAUCUACCAUAUAAUACAUUAACUAUACUUGCUAAUCAUUUAUGGACACUUAAAGUACCAUUAAUUAUUGCACGUACUUAUGGUUUUAUUGGUACAAUUCGCCUUCAAUUAGUUGAACAUUUUAUUCUUGAAGCUCAUCCAGAUGAUACAAUACCUGAUCUUCGUCUUGAUCGUCCAUUAAAAUCAUUUAUUAAUCAUUGUAAUUCAUUAGAUUUUGAUAAUUUAACACGUGAAGAACAUUUACAUAUGCCAUCACUUAUUAUUCUAUUUAAAACUUUACAACAAUGGCAAAAACAAACAAAUCGAACUGAUUUACCACGUAUACGUAAAGAAAAAGAUGAAUUUAAACAAAUACUUGAACAAUUAUCUCAUCAUUCAGCAUAUGAUGCUAAUGAUAUAAAUAGAUCUCUUGAAAAUUUUGAUGAAGCUAAACGAACAAUUCCAUCACGUCUUGUUAGUACAGUUAUACCAUCAACAAUAAAUGAUUUAUUUCAAGAUCGUUCUUGUUUAGAAUUAUCUAAUCAAUCAAAUAUAUUUUGGUUUAUUAUAAAUGCAAUUAAAUUAUUUACACAAAAUGAAGGACAUGGUUUAUUACCUGUUCGUGGUGAUGUACCUGAUAUGAUAACAAAUACAAAUUCAUAUGUUAAAUUAGUUGAAAUCUAUCAAGAACAAGCAAAAAAAGAUUGUGAUAUUAUUUAUAAUUAUUUAAUUGAUUUAUUAAAAAAACAUAAUCGAUAUUCAAAUGAACAAGCAACAUUACAUGAUCUUGUUCAUAUUUAUUGUAAAAAUGCAUCAUUUUUAAAAGUUUUAAGAACAUCAUCAAUGAAAAAUGAUGAUGAUUUAUUAAAAAAAUAUAUUGAACAAUUAUCAUUUGAAUCAUCACCUGAUGAACCCGAACCAGAAAUAUGUUGGUAUAUUGGUUUACGUUUAUGUGAUUCAUUCUAUGAAAAAUUUAAUCGUUAUCCUGGUGAAUUUCCUUUAUCAAUUAAUGAAAUGGAUACUGAUCAAAGACAACUUGAAAUAGAUUUAAAUGAUUUAAAACAAAUUGGAAAACAAAUUAUAAAUUUAGAUAAACAACAAGGUGCUGUACGUGAAAAUAUUCUUGAAGAAUUAACACGAUAUGGUGCAUCAGAACUUCAUUCAAUUUCAGCUUUUAUUGGUGGCUGUUGUGCACAAGAAGCAAUUAAAUUAAUUACACAUCAAUAUGUACCUAUUGAUAAUGUAUUAGUUUAUAAUGGUAUUCGACAAUCGACAAGUGUAUUUAAAUUUUAA